AUGUCUCCCGCAGCUCCGUCACCCGAGCUUCUCGCUCUUGUCAACGACUUCCUCUCCAGCAAUGGCUACGAGAAGGCCGCCAAAGCCGUCCAAAAGCAGGCAAAAGACCAGGGCCUCGCUCUCACCACCAACACCAACACUUCUCUGACCGCCCUCUUCGAGUCCCGCCCCAAGGAGACCGCCGCCGCCGCAACUGUCGAUGACUCCUCCGACGCUAGCGACAGCAGUGACAGCGACUCGUCCGACUCAGACUCCGAAAGCGAAUCUGAGAAGAAGUCUUCCAAGAAGGAAAUUACCAAGAAGCGCAAGGCCACUCCUCCUUCAUCCGAAUCUUCCGACUCCGAUUCUUCCGAUGAUGAGAGCAAGAAGCCCGCCGCCAAGAAGACAAAGGUUGUCAAGAAGGCCGACACAUCUGACGACUCUUCCUCUGCUUCGUCUUCCUCCGAGAGCGAGGACAGCAGUGACUCUUCCGACUCAAGCGACAGCGAUUCUUCCGACUCCGACUCCUCAUCUUCAGACAGCGACAGCUCCAGCGAUUCCGACAGCGACAGCUCAUCCUCCUCCGACAGCGAUUCUUCAGACUCUGACUCGGACAGCGAGAGCGAAAGUGACAAGAAGAAGAAGGUCGCAAAGCCCGCAAAGGCCGUCAAGGCCGAGAAGGCUGAGAAGCCCGUGAAGACCGCAAAGGCUGUCAAGGUUGAGAAGGCCGAGAAGCCCGAGAAGCCCGUGAAGAAGGAAAAGAAGGAGAAGAAGGCCGCCGAGCCCGUCUCCGACUCUGCCGCCUCAAGCGUCACUCUUGCAGAUGCUCCUGCCCCCAUCAAGGCCGAAGUCGACACCAUCAUGGUCCCUGCCAGCUCAGCUCUCGGUCAAGCUGAGGGCACCGCCGCCCCUUCGAACGAUGCAGAUGAACACAUGCACCCCAGCCGCAAGCGUAAGCUCGGAGGCGCCUUCGGCGAGACUGAGCAGCAAGUCGCCGUCCCUGCCACCGAAGACAACAUCAAGCGCGCAAAGAAGGAGAAUGUACCUUUCAGCCGCAUCCCCAAGGACCAAUGGGUCGACCCUCGUCUGACUAGCAACGCCUUUGUUCCCUACGACUACGCUCAGAAGGCCCACGAGGCUCUGAUCGUCACCAAAGGCAAGGCUUUCACCAAGGCCAAGAACAAGGGCAAGCGUGGUAGCUACAGAGGUGGCAUCAUCGACCAGACCCCCAAGGGUAUCCAGUUCGAGGACUAG